AUGAUACGAAGAGCACAUCUGUUGGACAACACAGAGAAGCUGGAAAGGUCAUCUCGGAGGCUGGAAGCUGGCUACCAGAUAGCAGUGGAAACCGAACAAGUGGGCCAAGAGAUCCUGGCUAACUUGCACAGUGACCGUGAGAAGAUCCAGAGAUCCAGAGACCGGCUGAGAGAGACCGACGCCAACCUGGGCAAGAGCUCCCGCAUCCUAACGGGAAUGCUGAGAAGAAUCAUCCAGAACCGAGUCCUGGUCUUCGUCCUCGGCGCCACCAUCCUCCUCACCAUCAUUCUGUCCAUCUAUUUCAAUGUGCGAGGGCACUGAUCUCCCCCAAUGCUCUCACACACACACACCGUCACACACACACACACACACAUACACACACACAAAACACGCACCCGCAUGAUUAAUAGCGACAAAAGUGUUUGCUCUGGAGUAAUUAGAACAAAUGGUGCCCAUGAAUCACUCUUUCUGGGCCCUGACAGGGGUCUCUCUCUCUCUCACUCGCUUUCUCUCUGAGACAGCCCCCCUCUGUGUCUUUUAUUGCUAUUGAUAAUAUUCAUGGUGUCGUCGUCACUGGACUGCGUUUAGCGUUGGAGAUCUAUCUUUUCCCUGGGUAGAGAGGGCCUGUAGGGGAUUCAAAAAGUCUAGACGGGUUCAAAUAUGUACAACUUCCUACUGUUGUUCAUUCGCCACGUCCAUGGUCUGACCUAAGGUGUUUGCGGGUCCCAUUUCUGUGUGUGCGUGUGCGUGUAUAUCUGUAUGCGGAGCUUUUCUCUCCCUCUGUCAGACCAACUUUCAACACGUCUAGUCUAUUAAGCGCUCGACUCAACUCUUUGUGUGCAAGAUUAACAUGAGGGCCUACUAUAUGAAUGUACCCAGCCUACUGGCAUGUAGCUCCUAGCUAUCCUCUUUUAUGAACAGAACAUACAGCACAAAGGACAGUGCCUUCAAAUAAGAGGUGGUUUUCAGAGUCACCUUUUUUUGUGGCACGGUUAGGCCCGAAUGUGAGAUAUGGAAGAUAUAUACAACCCAUAGAAAAUGCAUGAACAAGUUUGCUUCUGUUUUAGCUCAAGGAAGGAAAAUCCCCCCCUUUUAUCCACCCUCGUCACAUUACUGACUCCUAUCACUGUUAUCUGACUGUAAGGGAUCUUAAUAGUGUCCAGACACAAUUUUGUUUUUACACACAUUAAUGGAGAAUUGAUAAUAGUAGGCAACAUACUGUUCUAAACAGGUGUACAUACUGUUGUAGAAAAAUCAUGUUUUUUUGGGGGGGGGUUCAACAGCAAUUCUAUUUAUUUAUAAACAUUGUUUUAGAAUUGAUGAUAGAUUUUUGGGAUUAGCGUUAAAGAUUAUGUGAUACUAAGUGUAUAUUUUAUGAAGUCUAUUAUUAACGUGAACUGACGCAGACCAAUCGGCCGGCGAAUCACUUUUUUUAUUAUAUAUAUUUUUAUUUAACUAGGCAAGUCAGUUAAGAACAAAUUCUUAUUUUCAAUGACAGCCUAGGAACAGUGGGUUAAAACUGCCUGUUCAG